AAGAGGGUGACCUAUGAUCUUUCCAAGUCAAGUCCAGAGAUGUGUAGCAGUCUUUGACCUGCAAGUUUUCCUAAACAGAUAUUAAACUUGAUAUGUUUCCAUCUGUGAUAAUAUGUUGGUCUGUGAAUCACAAAUUAUCUAAUUGACACGGAAUGGCUGCCACUUGAUGAGAUUAGGACUAUAAUAGGACAUGAGUGGUCAACCUGUCGGUCACUGUCACAUUGGACAAUGCUCUCACACCUUGGCAGGGUAAUGAAGCAAAAAAUGGAAGGAAAAUUGGUGACAAUUGAUAAUAAGGGUGAUGCACUGUGUAAGGACUGUUUCUACUAUGCCUUUGAGGAAGAGGUUCACAAGACGAUCAUUGAUGCCAAAUUAUUCACGUCUGGGGAGACAGUAGCAAUUGGGGCCUCUGGGGGAAAAGAUUCCACUGUGCUGGCAUAUGUGAUGAAAGUGCUGAACGACCGAUACAACUAUGGCCUUGACCUGGUAUUGUUGUCUGUGGAUGAAGGGAUCACAGGAUACAGAGAUGACUCCUUAGAGACAGUGAAGAGGAACCAGAUGCAGUAUGACCUUCCCCUUAAGAUCGUGUCAUACGAGGAGCUUUAUGGCUGGACCAUGGAUGCAAUUGUACAACAGAUAGGAUUGAAAAACAACUGUACAUUUUGUGGAGUGUUUCGGAGGCAGGCUCUUGACAGGGGAGCCAUGAUGCUGAAGGUGAACAAGAUUGUCACAGGACACAAUGCAGAUGAUAUUGCAGAAACAGUUAUUAUGAAUGUACUGAGGGGAGAUAUUGGCCGUCUCCGGAGAUGUACCGCUAUCACUACAGGUGCUGAGGGCUCUCUCCCUAGGUGUAAGCCUUUCAAGUACACAUAUGAAAAGGAAAUAGUCAUGUAUGCCUACUUCAAGAAGCUUGACUACUUCUCAACAGAAUGUAUUUAUUCUCCAAAUGCAUACAGGGGAUUUGCUCGUGCUUACAUCAAAGAUGUGGAGAAAAUCAGACCUAGUGCUAUAAUAGAUAUUAUUCAUUCAGGAGAAAGUUUAUCUGUGAAGACUUCAGUGAAGAUGCCAGUUCAGGGAAACUGUGAGCGAUGCGGCUAUAUCUCCAGUAAUCCUAUUUGUAAGGCUUGUGUGUUGUUGGAGGGACUCAAUCGAGGGCUACCCAGGCUUGGAAUAGGGAAGACUCAUAAAGAGAGAAGAAAGAUAGAGGAAUUAAGCAAGAAAGAAAACUCUACUCAGCCAGAAGCUGCACAGGGACCAGGUACCACAACAUCUAUACAGGCCCCUGUGGAAGCCAUGGAGUCUCUCAGUCUGGACAGAAGGAAACCAGACGUCACAAAGCUUGACUUCUGAUUAACUUUACUCAACAUAAAUUAUUAACUUUUGGAAAUUG